AUGUUUCUUUUAGCAGAAAUAUUUGUGCUUCUUUUCAAAGUUCUCUAUUACAUCUGUGAGAGUGUAGUUAAAUUAUUUGCUCCAGUAAAGGCAAAAAGUGUGGCUAGUGAAAUUGUUCUGGUAACAGGUGCGGGUCACGGUAUAGGAAAGGAAUUAGCAAUUGGUUACGCCUUGUUAGGAGCCACAGUAGUAUGUUGGGACAUCAAUGAAAAAACCAACCAACAGACAAAGAACGAGAUUAAAAAAAUGGGAAAAGACUCUAUACAUGCGUAUCGAUGCGAUGUAACAAACAGAGAAGAAGUCUUCAAAGUGGCCGAAAAAGUAAGAACAGAAGUGGGCGACGUUACUAUUUUAAUUAAUAAUGCUGGCACAUUACGUGCAUUUUUACCAAGCAUGAUUGAAAAGAAUCAUGGUCAUGUCGUUGCGGUUUCAUCACUAUUAGCAAUUGUAACGUUAAUGUAUGCGACAGUUUACUCUCCUACAAAAUCCGCAGUCAGAGCACUUAUGGAGAGUUUUAAUGAAGAAUUGCGUUUAUCUAGUAAGGGAAAAUCUUUAAUUAAAUUCACUACAGUUUUCCCAACUUUAGUGUUUAACGGAAUGCUUAAAAAGCUAGUAAUGAGAAAUUUUCCGAACAAAGCACAAGAAUGCGUAAAAGAUUUCGUUAAUCUUAGUGCCGAACCAGAUAAUUAA